GAGCUGAGAACUUGAAACGAACCAAUCAGUUCCUCUGGUAGGCGGGAACUAAAGUCUGCGAAGAGGCGGAUUCAAAAAACAAGGAGGGAAUUUUAACCUCGAAUUCAUGGAGUAACAUAGACUCUGCUUCUUAAGGAUCAAGUCAUGCUUUCUGAUACAAACCUGGUAUCACAGCUAUGCAAAGCGGUGGGCAAUGAAGAUCCAAGGUCUGUGCAGUCAUUGUUGUCCCAAGGAGCUAACCCAAACUCAAUUCUUGAAAAGGGUGUCGCGGCCGUACACUUGGCUGUAGGUAAAGAGUCCGAGAAGGGAAUCCGCUGCCUGAAGCUUAUUCUACAACAUGGGGCUGACCCAAAUCUCAGGUCAUCUGAAGGGCUCACUCCCCUGCAUAUUGCUGCUCUGUGGGGCUGUUAUCAGAAUCUCAAAUUACUAUUAAAAAAUGGUGGCAAUCCAAAUCUUAAAGACCAGGAUGGCAACAAAGCUGGUGAACUGGCUGAACAACAGGACAACCGUCGAUGUGCUUUGCUUCUCUCAGAACAUGAGUGUCAGGCCGUGCAAGCUGAGACUGAGGAGUUUCCCAAGUUCCAAUAUUCUGUUUACACAGGCCAGGCUGGUAGAGACCGCUCCUACUGUUCUGCCAUGGAUGAGUACAGCAUGGCUUCUCAUGGAAUGUCCAUGCUGAGUGACAUGGGGGAUGAUCCUUUAAGCAGCACACGUAGGUCCUCAUCUCUCAACUUCUCAGGAAUCGGCGGCAGGCCCAGCUGGCGAGGGCCCAACCGCCUGGAGCUCUCGGACUUCUCUGAUCUCCGUGGUCCUCGAGAUUCAGUUUUGGAUUUUGAGCCACCAGCCGUCCUCUCCAGCACUCGAAUGUCUGCUGCGGGCAUCAGAGACCACUCCGUCCUGCCAGCUCUUCAGGAAGAUGUAGCUUUUCCCGACGGCAGAGCUUUACAAUAUGAGCGCGUUGGUCAUAGGGGCUCUGAUGUCCUCCCUCCGCCACGUCAGUCAGCUGUGUAUUCCCGCCGCGCCAGCCGCAAAAGUGUCAGCUUCAGAGACGUGGACGAGUACUUCCCUGUUUUCGACGCCGAAUCUCCAAGACGAUGCCCUGCACAGGAGAGUUCCGAGUCUUGUGAUUCUACUGUUGACUUCACCAACUACUCUGAAUUCUUUGACACUGAGCGAAUGGCUACAGUGUUGCAUCAUCAGGGCAUUGAUGUCACGUCCCCUGACCACGUUUUUGUGUUUUCCCGUGACGAUGGCAGGACAGAGGAGGACUUUGAAAAGACUGUCCUGGGAUGCUGGCCAACUGAACAGGACAGUCAAGACGAAGUGUUCACCCACAAUGUCAGGGAUCCAAAGAAUCGAGUCCAGCCCUUAUCCAGUUCAGGGAGCAGCAGCCGCAGUGGGAAUAGUCAGUACAGUAGCUGUGACAGUGAAGAAUACAAAAGCGCCAUUGGGGUCUCGCUAUUCAAGAAGAAUGAGUCACCGCUGGAGGAUGUCCACGGAGGCUCUGAGGAAAACCAAUGCAGUCCAGUAUGUGCUGUUACAGAACCACAUACAGAGCCUAAGAGGGAGUCUUCACAUAAUGGUGCAGAUUGUUGUCAACCAGAGAGACACAGUAGUGGACACACAGGGGCGGGUGCCCUACAGACAGAAAGAGACUCUAGACAGGAUAGAGAAAGUGCCUGUGUCAGUGCAGAGUUUACGUGGGAGAAGUCAGCCCCGGUGGCAGAGGUUACAGAAAUGAUGAGUAAUCUCACAUGUGAGAGAAGGACGUCAAAAUGUGAGGUGUUUUCACAAAGAGGAAAGGAGCCUCAAAGUGAGGAUUGUGACGCUGUCAUAAGUCCUUUCGUUACUGGCAGGACACGCUCGCGGCUGAGCCGCUGUUCGCAGCAAGCCAGCCAGAGUUCCUCCUCGCUGUCAUCCUCUUGCCUCUUUGAAGUGACCCUGCCAACGCCGACGCGCACGCGUCGUCCAACAAGAUCACAGGACAGUCCUGCAGACCCGAGGUACACACCAGGUGCCGUUUAUCAUAACUCGCCCUACUCAGGGGCCAGGUAUGGUGAGCCUUCGAACUCCGUCUAUUCCCAGAGUCAAGUAGAGACACUGACGGCCGAUCAGUGUCCAGCUUCAUGCGAUGGACUUAGCCAAGCAGAUACAGUCAUCCUGUCAGACAGUAUGGCUGAUACUUUUAUUCUUGAUAAACGAACUUGUGAGAAGUUUACAGGCCCGUUUGGAAUCACCAAGGGCAAUACGUUGGCAGCUGGUCUUGGAAAGGAGAAAGUAUCCAGUGGUGAUAAACUCAUCACUGAUGAUCUCUCCAGCUCCAGUGGAAAAGGGUCUAAUUGUAAGCCUGGAGGAAGCACUCAGGAGGGUAGCAAAGAGAGCGUGGAGGACUCUUGGAUCACAGAUUUGGAGUCUCAGACAUCGUCCCUGUCCAGUGUUGACACGCCAGAGAAAAAUCCCCCUGACACACCAGGCACCGGAUGCACCCCCCGGUACAGCAUGAGUCGCUUGUCUGGCCACUGCAGGCCCCAAUCGCUGGCCAACCUGUCUUACACUCCGGGAGGACGUCCUCAUCUAGUAGACGUGGAUGAGCCUGUGGAGUACCUCUACACAGACACAGAGGGGGGCCACGAGCUGAUCGAGACCCACGUACCGCCCACGGCAAACACGUCCAUCAGCUCCAACCUCAGUAGUACUAUCAGUGAUGAGACGGUGCUGUACGACUGGCGCUCCUUCAAGACGAGCCCGAGCAAAGGGAAGGAGAAUGUUAAGCCUGCUGACGAUGUGCUCAGUGAAUUCAAAGGUUUGACAGACAAGGAGCUCAGGAAGAAGCUGGUCGAGCUGGGAGAAGCCCCUGGUCCCAUAACUAACCGGACCCGACCGGUAUACAUGGAGCGGCUUCGCCGCCUUCAGCAAGAAACCACCAGUCAACCACAGUCCGUCCAAGGAAACACUGACUAUAGCCCUGAGCUCAGAAGGGCUUUGCACACAUUUAUUUUACCCGACUCCAAAGACGAUGAAUAUGUCCUUUGUCAGCAAUUUGACCAACCUGACCAGAAUAAGAAGUGGCGAGAAGGUGUCAUUAAGUCCAGCUUCAAUUAUUUGCUCCUUGAUCCCAGAGUGACAAAUAACUUACCCUUCCGAAGUCAAGCCAUGACCCCUAAGGAAUGUUUCCAGACCUUUGUCAGUGCCAUCUUCUAUGUUGGCAAGGGCAAGCGCUCUCGCCCAUACAGUCAUCUGUAUGAGGCUUUGGAGUACUACAGAGGAGAUAAGACUUCUAAGAAACUCUGCUCGAAGGUUAAGCACAUUCUGGACGUGUGGAACGCUGAACAUGGCGUGAUAUCCCUCCACUGUUUCCAGAAUGUAAUCCCAGUGGAAGCGUUUACCCGGGAGGCGAGCAUGGUGGAUGCAAUCGGUGUGAAGAUGCUGACCAAUCAGAAGCGUGGAGACUAUUACGGGGUCGUGUCCACCUGGAUGGCGAAGCGUAAACGGGAGCUGGGAGUGCACCUGCUGUACCGGGCCAUGCAGAUCUUCCUGGCCGAGGGGGAGCGACAGCUGAGACCAGCAGACAUCAGGGCGGGCCACUGAACAUCCUGAAGAGGCGGCAGUGGUGGGCGCAUCGUACCAAUAGAGUAUAGAGCUGCAUUAACAGUGUUACUGAACACUAAGCAUCAGAUGCAUGUUUAAGAAGCAUUUUUAAUUGAGAAAACCAUAGCAGUUAUGUGAAAAACAAGGUGGACCACUAGCUUAUAGCAACACUG